CUGUGCCAUCCAUUGUCCAAGAGGACCCCGCAUCGGCAGCUCCGUGCUCGACUGGUUCUGUCUAGAGGGGGUGUGGAGGUGGGCGGUGGGGGGGACGCGAUGGCAGAAAGCGAGGAUCAUGUUUCGAUCCCCGAGUUCAGCUGCCUUCUCCAAAUGGAUCCGCAGCUCAAAGCCUACGAGAAGGACUUCCAGCGGAGGUAUGAGCUGCUCCAGAAGAAGCUGUUCCAGCUGGAGGAGGCGGAGGGAGGCUUUGACCAGUUCACUCGCAGCUACAAGACCUUCGGUGUGCAGCGGCAGCCGGACAACAGCCUGUCCUUCACCGAGUGGGCUCCGGCUGCAGAGGCCCUCUUCCUCACCGGCGAAUUCAAUGACUGGGACAAAUUCUCCCAUUCCUACACCAAGAAGGAAUUUGGAAAGUGGGAACUGAUUCUGCCGCCAAAACCGGACAAGUCUCCAGCUGUGGAUCACAACACCAGACUCAAGGUGGUAGUUCACACUAAGGACGGCGAGCGGCUGUACCGGAUCUCACCAUGGGCAAAAUAUGUGAACAGGGAGGAGAAAUCCAUCAUCUACGACUGGGUUCACUGGGACCCCCCGAACCCUUACAUUCAAAUCCACCCUCGGCCCAAGAAGCCAGCGAGCCUGAGGACGUACGAGGCCCACGUGGGCAUCGCUUCCCCGGAGGCAAAGAUCGCCUCGUACACCAACUUCACCACCAACGUGCUGCCGCGGAUAAAAGACCUGGGUUACAACUGUAUUCAGCUGAUGGCCGUCAUGGAGCACGCCUACUACGCAAGCUUCGGAUAUCAGGUCACCAGCUUCUUUGCUGCGUCCAGUCGCUACGGGACCCCAGACGAGCUGAAGCAGCUGAUCGAUGUGGCCCACUCGAUGGGCAUCAUGGUGCUGCUGGACGUGGUUCACAGCCACGCCUCCAUGAACACUGUGGAUGGACUGAACCAGUUCGAUGGCUCCGACUCGUGUUUCUUCCACUCGCCGCCCAGAGGGGAGCACAAGCUCUGGGGCAGCCGCCUCUUCAACUAUUCCAGCUGGGAGGUAAUGAGGUUCCUAUUGUCGAACCUGCGCUGGUGGAUGGAGGAGUACCGCUUUGACGGCUUCAGAUUUGAUGGUGUGACCUCCAUGCUGUAUCAUCACCAUGGCGUCGGCACCGGCUUCUCGGGGGACUACAGCGAGUACUUUGGCCUUCAGGUGGAUGAAGACUCCCUGGUUUACCUGAUGCUUGCCAAUCACAUUCUUCAUACCCUUUAUCCUGAUUGCAUCACUAUUGCAGAGGAUGUGUCAGGGAUGCCGGCUAUGUGCAGAGGAGUGGUGGAGGGGGGGCUUGGGUUUGAUUACCGACUGGCUAUGGCCAUCCCUGACAAGUGGAUCCAGAUCCUGAAGGAGUUAAAGGAUGAAGAGUGGAGCAUGGGCGAUAUUGUCUUCACGCUGACCAACAGGCGAUACGGAGAGAAAUGCAUAGCCUAUGCAGAAAGCCACGAUCAGGCUCUGGUUGGGGAUAAGAGUCUGGCCUUCUGGUUGAUGGACAAGGAGAUGUACACCAACAUGAGCACCAGGAUUCCCAUGACCGCUGUCAUUGACCGCGGCAUGCAGCUGCACAAGAUGAUCCGGCUCCUCACACACGCUCUGGGUGGAGAAGGAUACCUCAACUUCAUCGGGAACGAGUUUGGUCAUCCUGAGUGGCUGGAUUUCCCCAGAGAGGGGAACAAUCAGAGCUGCCACUAUGCCCGGCGGCAGUUUAACCUCCUGGAUAUAGAUCACCUCCGCUACCGCCAGCUCUACGCCUUUGACCGGGACAUGAACCGCACCGAGGACAAGUACGGCUGGCUGGCUGCCCCACCUGCCUUCGUGAGCGCCCAGCAUGAAGGAGACAAGGUCAUAGUGUUUGACAGGGCAAACGUGCUCUUUAUCUUCAACUUCCACCCUUCCACCAGCUUCCAGGGGUACCGGGUGGCUGUGGACGUUCCAGGGAAAUACAAAAUCAAGCUGGAUACGGAUGAGGGGCUGUACGGAGGUCACGGGCGGGUCGACCACAACGCCGACUUCUUCACCGAGACGCAGCCAUUCAACGGCCGGGCCAACUCCAUGCAGGUCUACAUCCCCUGCAGAACAGCUAUUGUCCUGGCCAACGAGGAGAUAGAUUACUGUUAUUAGAGGAUGAUUGUCUCCACAGAGACGAGGAUCGAGAAUGGAUUCCAACCCCAACUGAGUGUUAACAAUCACCUUCAUCUUAAAGUGUCAACCUUGCGCGCCACCCAAACCCACUUUUUGAGUUUGAGUCUUUUUUGCUAAACGGGGAGAAAAUUGUGAGCUUGUGUGCUUUCAAAACACCAUCUGCAACAUUAGAUGCUGUGUAACCCCAUUUGCUGCAGAUUGGUCCAUUUGGGCAGCGUCCAACAUUACCAGCAGCUAGAUGCUAAAACCCACAACCCUGCAGAGCCCAUCCACCACGAGCCAGCAGCCAUUUAUAGGCUCUGCUGACUCUGGUGUGUGUCGUCUGAAACACACGACUGACAACUGUGGCCGAGCGGAGGAAAAGCAGAAUCCUGACACAUGAUGAAAGCUCAGAGAAACGAGAAUAUCUUAGAACGUUAGUUGAUUUGAUUAUUUUGUAUUUAAAUGCAAAAAGUAUUAUGGUGUCAAAGACACGGAGCAAUUUAUAGUUUCACCAGCACUUACGUCCACGUAUUUAAUCACUGAGUUGGGUGUUAAUUUGCCUUGUGGGACGCAUAAAAAAUGUUGUAAUUUGCACAAAAUAAUAAGAUGCUUUGAAUUAUUACACUUUUAAUGGGUGUCUGUAACAGUUGUGUUGUAAUGUUUGAAUUUAUUCAGCUACCAGGAGCAUUUAUGUGGUUAUUUAUGGCCCAGUUAUUAAGUCAGUAAUUUGCAGUUGAAGCAAAGUGAUAAAAUCCCCUAAUUUGGAUUGUUCAUAGACUGUAGGAUGUAAUGCACUAGUAACUGAACCAACACAGAGUUUCCACUUUGCAUAAAGUCGUGCACAGUUUCCUCCUGCAGUAGAUCCCAUCAAGUCAAUGUGUGGCGUGAAGUUCAGCAAACUUUUCAAACUGCUAAUUCAAAUAAAUUGAUUCUGAUCGUGA